GAUGAGGUGUAUUGAGUUUUCAACUCUCAUGAUAGUUUUAAGUGUUUGCAUUACCAAACAUCAUCAAUACCGCUUAUAAACAUUGACAGAAAACAUUCUUCUUGGCUUCGUUAGAAACACAGAUCCGUAUCUUCAUCGCCUUGGGCAUUGUUCCAAAUUUGUGACUAGAUUUCACAAUGCUGACUAUGGGACGUUUAAUAUCUUUACUCUAUGUUUUAAUUAACAUUUUUACUGUGAACGCGCUCAGUUGUUUCAAAUGUUCCUCGCGGAACCAUGACAACCCUGGAUGUGAUGAUACAUUCAUGAAUCCCGAUGGAGCAAACAGUGCUUAUUUAGAAUCUGACUGUUGGGCACCUCGGACUGGAAGAACUGGUCUUUUCCCUGCUACACAAUGUAUUAAAGUUGUUGUCGAUGAUGAGGAUAAUGGUAACCAUGUUAUAGUCCGUGACUGUGUUGUGGAUAAUGGUGAUAUGAAAUCAGAGACAGAAAUUGGUCGCCUUAGUCACUGUAGUGCCAUGGGGACAAGACUAGAAUUUAAUGAUGUCAGAAGUAGUGGAUGUAUUGAGGUCUGUGAUACAGAUGCAUGUAACACUGGUAAAAUACCAGAAAUUCUUUACUCAGUUCUGAUAACUCUUCUUGUGAUAACACAACUGACAAUCAAUUAUUUGUAAUCACAAAAUGCAACAAUACGUAUGCCUCAGAAGGUCAUAAAAGAAUUAGCACAAUGUUUAGAUGUUUAUGACAAUUUGACUCCGUCGCUAAUACAUAUAAUAAUUUUAUAUUUUAUGUGGACUCGCUAGUGAUAAUGUAAUUGUAAAAUGCACAAGAAUGUGUAG